UCUGCGCCUUGCAUUUCCUCCUCCCACCACCCCCAACACCCGUCAUCAUGGAUGAUUCGGACAGCAGUAGCCUGUCAGAGCAUUCUGACAAGGAAAUCCAGAACCUCGCGCCCGUCUUUCUCAAAGCGAAAGCCGCCAACAAGCUGAGGUUUCCGCCCCCCAAAGCCUCGCCUGCGCGACCCAAGAGGGAGCCCUCGCCGCCUCAUGAAGAAGUUCUAGCUGAUAACCCCGACAUUGCCUUCAUCGUGAUGUUUCGCUCGCGCUUCAACGAGGUCAUGCCUGCCAAGCUCUCCAACCUGGGGCCACAGGAUAUCGAACGGGGGGUUGUCGACACCACUCCAAGCCCCGAAGUGUCCCAUUUGCUGUGCGCGAUGCUUGGGCUGGCGCUGAACAGGAAGAAGCCGCCGGAACGUGGUCAUCACGGCCGAGCCCUCGAAGAAGCGAUCCUCAGCAAUCGUAAGGAUUGGCCGAAGGCGUGGAACGAUACCAACCCUCUGCACGGAGGAGGCAGCUUUGAAAACAUGUCUCCAGUUGAGAGACUCACACUCCUGCGCACGAUCAUCAUGUGGGCUCUCGCCAACUCGGAAGCCAUCAACGCCAUAAUCAAGGAGGGAUACAAGCAACAGCGCCACAACGAUGACGAGAACCAGCCCCUCUCCGUACAGCCGUGGGGCAUCGAUGGAGACAAGAGACGCUACUUUUUGGUUCAGGGGCUAGACGAUACUAGCUUCCGCGUGUACAGAGAAGGAGAUCGCUACAAGAAGACGGCGCACUGGUGGAGCGUGGCCGGAAGCAUAGACGAAGUGAAGGAGCUGGCCAAGAAGCUCGAAGAGGUGGACACAAGUCAAGCGGCACGCCGGCUGGCCAACAAGAUCACCAAUGCCAUUCCAACAUUCGAGGCCACGGAAGAGAAGCGACGGCGCCGGGAGUACCGCCAAGUGCGCCGUGCCGCCUUCACCCGUCCCGAACCCGGAUUCUCGCUGUACGAGGGCAGGACGAGGGGCAAGCGCAUGCGGUAUACCUUUGACGACGACGACGACGCUUUUCUCUCGGAUGCCACAUCCACUCGCCGUUCCACCAGGCACUCUGGACGGGACACUCCGGUCGAUGCGGGUCCCACGGUGACGGCAAGCGGACGUCAAGUGCGGCAACCCAGGACUGGCGAGUAUGGCGAGAGUCUGCUAAGCGGCCAUCCGAUGAAUAUGGACGAGCUCGCACCCGAGUACGGCGAGGGCGACCGCGCUGGACAUCGAAGCCGCUCAGGCACAGAAGACUCUGAGCAGUCCAUUCGGGGUCGCGGUCGCCCCACGAGGUUGGCUGCAAGACCUGCCGUGAACGGGAAUACGCGGCCGCGCAAGCAUAUCGACACGUACAACAGUAUCGAUGAGAUGAGCGACGAGGAUGAGGGGGAGGCCAGCGGCGAUGAGUGGGACAGUGACAAGAACGACGACGAGGACGAGACCAUGGCGGAUGCGGAUGCGGAUGCGGACGCGGACGAUGACAUGAACGAGGACGUGGAGGACUCGGAGAUGGAUGAGGUUGAGCCACAAAGCCUGGUGCUCAAGCUCAAAGUGCCAGCCACUGCAAUGUCUGCGAUCGCCAACGGCACAUCAACUCCACGGACCGCCUCUCCGUCAACCAAAGCGACGCAGGCUGGUGCAUCUCCAAACACCACGUCCCAGCAAGAUGACACGAAGGCCCGCGUCAACGAGAGUCACAUGGAAGAGCGACCGCAGCAGGCGUUCGGCUCCUCUCCUCUCGGACCGUCGGCGUAUCCUACCCCAACGUCAUUCUCCUUCCUGCCGCCAGAUCAUAAGCCAGCUCCAACACUCGCUCCGGAUGUGCCGAUGUCGACAGCACCUGCGGCUACCACCCCGGUUCCUGCUCGUCUGCUUCCGUCUUCUGAUGGUACUGUCUUCCCGAACGGCACGACGGAAGCUUCACAUGCCCCACACACCUUUGGAGGCGAACCGCAGACGACUUUCUUGCAGGAUCGGGAUGAAGAAUCGAAGCUGAGCGUCGGUUUCCCCCUCUGAGACAGCCGCAUCUGCAGCACAUAUCAAUGUGUGGCCCUGACAUUCGUGACGAGCCUCUAUCCCUUUCACCGGUCGGCGUUCGAGAUGUAAAGGAAACGGUGGAUACCCUCACAAGGCGCGUGCGCACUCAGUCAUCGCAUUGGCCAGUGAUUACGUAUGAGGCAUAGACGGCUGAAGUCAGUGUAUUGCGUGUUAUAGCUAGCUUUGCACGAAUUAAUAGAUGCGAGU